CCUCAGGUGAUCCACCCGCCUAGGCCUCCCAAAGCGCUGGGAUUACAGGCUGAGCCACCAUGCCUGGCCAGGCCUGUGUUUAUUUGACUGAUUAUAGGUGACAUUGCGAUAUUUCCUGUGUCUGGGUAUUUUGAAGGCUAUGGCUGACAGACCGUACCUGAGAUAAUAUGUGUUAAUAUAUGAUUGACUGAGAUUUUUAUCAGGGAGACUAAAACUUGGGCUAUCCACAAACAGUUUACCAAGCAUAUGAGAGAGGAUUUAUGCUUUGCCAUGUCUGCAGCUGAAAUUGGGCGACUAUUGGUCAUUCAGCUGGGCUUACGGAUAUGUCGCCCAGUGUGUGCUUAUGUGUAGCAGGGGCCUAUGGAAUCCAUACAUCUACUGCAUGUUUACUGUGCACCAGGCCUGUGCUGGACACUUGUAAUAAAUCGCCUCACAUAAUCUCAUAGCAACCCUCUGAGGCCCAGUUCCAAGGCUCCAGCAUCCUGUGUCUCGCUGAGCACUGCUACCCAAUGGCCAUCCCCAAGCACUCCCUGAGCCCAGUGCCAUGGGAAGAGGACAGCUUCCUUCAAGUGAAGGUGGAGGAGGGAGAGGAAGCCAGCCUCUCCCAGGGCCUAGAAUCCAGCCACGACCACAUUGCUUACCCUGAGGCUGCACGCCUGCGCUUCCGGCACUUCCGCUAUGAGGAGGCAUCUGGUCCACACGAGGCCCUGGCCCACCUCCGAGAGCUGUGCUGUCAGUGGCUGCAGCCCGAGGCGCGCUCCAAGGAGCAGAUACUGGAGCUGCUGGUGCUGGAGCAGUUCCUGGGUGCGCUGCCCCCAGAGAUCCAAGCCUGGGUGGGAGCCCAGAGUCCCAAGAGUGGAGAGGAAGCCGCUGUGCUGGUGGAGGAUCUGACUCAGGUGCUGGACAAGAGAGGAUGGGAUCCAGGAGCUGAGCCCACAGACGCAAGCUGCAAGCAGAGUGACCCGGGAGAGUCAGAGCCAUCAAAUGUGGUCACUGAGACCCUCAUGGGAGGUGUUUCCCUUGGACCCGCCUUUAACAAGGCCUGUGAACCUGAGGGCAGCUCAGAGAGAAGGUCUGGGCUAUCAGGGGAGAUCUGGACAAAGUCUAUCGCCCAACAGAUCCAUUUCAAGAAAACUUCAGGGCCUUACAAGGAUGCCCCCACAGACCAGCGUGGCCGUGAAUCUGGUGCCUCGAGGAACAGUUCUAAUGCGUGGCCAAACCUCACCUCCCAAGAGAAGGCUCCUUCAGAAGACAAAGUUGAUCUGGUGGAUGCUUAUGGGACAGAGCCUCCAUACACGUACUCAGGGAAGAGGUCCUCCAAGUGUCGCGAGUGUAGGAAGAUGUUCCAGAGUGCUUCGGCGCUCGAGGCACACCAGAAGACCCAUUCUCGGAAGACAGCAUACGCCUGCAGCGAGUGUGGGAAAGCCUUCAGCCGGAGCACUCACCUCGCCCAGCACCAGGUUGUCCACACGGGGGUGAAGCCCCAUGAGUGUAAGGAAUGUGGGAAGGCCUUCAGCCGAGUCACCCACCUGACUCAGCACCAAAGGAUUCAUACUGGAGAGAAACCCUACGAAUGUGGGGAAUGUGGUAAAACCUUCAGCCGCAGCACUCACCUCACCCAGCACCAGCGGGUGCACACGGGGGAGCGGCCCUACGAGUGUGACGAGUGCGGGAAGGCCUUCAGCCAGAGCACGCACCUGACUCAGCACCAGCGCGUCCAUACCGGGGAGAAGCCCUACAAGUGUGACGUGUGCGGCAGGGCCUUCAGCGACUGCUCGGCCCUGAUCCGACAUCUGAGAAUCCAUUCUGGAGAGAAGCCCUAUCAGUGUAAGGUGUGUCCGAAGGCCUUUGCACAGAGCUCCUCCCUCAUCGAGCACCAGAGGAUCCACACAGGAGAGAAGCCUUAUAAGUGCAGUGACUGUGGGAAGGCCUUCAGCCGCAGCUCAGCCCUGAUGGUUCACUUGCGGAUCCACAUCACGGUACUGCAGUGACCGGAAAUCGACCCUCGGGGCACAGCACAGCGCCUUCUUGGAGGCUCAACAUCUAAGAGAAACCCUGAGUUCCUAAAGAGCCACAAACAGGGUGGGUGAUUGAUGAGCUGCCAAAAUGAUAGGUGCCUGAGGGCAGACUCGGGCUGUCUAGAAACAACUCUGUAUUUGAGGAACCCUGAUGAGCCAAGGUGAUUCAGGCCAGCUGGAGAAGCUUCCAGAAGGGCCCUGAACUGCUACCCUCUGUUUCCCACUCAGGGCUGUCCCAGAGAGAAGGCAGCUGAGCUGAGGAUUUGGAUUGGUUCUCAGGGCCAGGGCAAAUGAAGGUACAUGUCUCUCAGAACUCAGCAUCCCGGGAUGCUCUGGGCAGGCAGACUGUAGCUCGUUCUCAUGUGGCUCUUCUUGCCUGCUUUUCUGCUGCUUAGCCCAGAAGGGACACCUGCCAUGCCCACCUCUGUGCCUUGGCACCUACUAUUUCCACUCCAGCCUAUUCUGUGCCUAACUCCAAGGCUGACUUGUGAGAUGCCUUUUCCACCCUGCCUCUCUCAUGGUUUCCUAUCGUAAUCAGUGGUGCUGCUUGACACCUCUCCAACAUGUUCCUCUCUCUCCUUUUCCUUCCACAUCCCACCAGUCACCAGCACUAUUGGUUUAACCUGAAGCUUAUCUCUAAUGCACCUCCUUUUCCACUCCUGCUACCUUAUGUGAGCCCUCAUUGCCCCUUGCCUGGAUUAUAGCCAGGGUCUCCUUCCUGACCCCUUCCUGCCCUUAUUCUCUGCCCCUGUAUCACUCUCCAUGGGACUCUUGCUAUUACUCAAAUCUGAUUGUGUCACUCCAAGGUGGAAAGCUCUCCGACCCAUCUCCUUCUAUAGCACAGCUUCCUGAACAGGGUGUAAGUAUGCCAAGAUGCAGGCCGCUCUGGGCCCCGAGCAACCUCUCCAGUUAUCCUCAUAUGCAUGUAUGAAUAUUGUCAUUUUUCUGUGCGUGCAGUGAUGUGAAAAUGGCCUCAUCUCAUACCAUGACUCCACCUUCCAUACACCAGCCACACAGAACUACUGUGGUUCCCGAAGGAGCCAUACAUUUUCCACCUAUGUGCCUUUGUACCUGUGCCUGGAACCCUCCUCUCCUUUGUCAUCUAAAAUGUUUCAAAUGUCCCCCAAAGAAGCCUCCCUGCUCUCCGGGAACCGACUUCAGCUUGCCCUCUCUGCUUCCAGAGCACCUCCUAGAUACCUCCCCUUACAACUCCUACCACAUUGUUUUACUUACUUGCUCCUUGCAGAGCUUGUACUGUGUUUUCCAAUGAUACUAUGAGCUCCUGAGAGCAGGGGCCAUGUCUUGCUCUCAGUAUCUACAACAAACAAGACUCAGUAGGCCCUGACUGAUGUCUCUUACAUGAAUGUGACUGGUGCCCCCAGGAGGCAGUCACCAUGCUCUCUCUGCCCCACAUUGUCCUUAUGUAUGUUUACAUGGAUGUCUCCCCAGCAGCUUGAACCCUGGAGAGCAAGAACAAUCUGAUUUUCCUGGGGCCAGCACCCAGAUAAGCCUGGCAUGCAGUGGCCUCAAUAAAAUGUGACUGUAUUGUCUUUUUCCAGGGCCCCAGGUCCCCUGGUGUCAUGGACUUAGUCUUUGCCAGCAUGAACACUGCCUGUCCAUGUGUUCUCUGGUCUCCUCUCACAAUGCUGCGUCCCUGUCCCAUUUUUAGGGUCCAUGUCUGUCACUGGAUGUUGCAGCUUCUGUUCAUUACCGUUAGGGUGUCGUUCUUCAUGCCUCUGUUUCUCUGAUGGUCUCAUCUUACGGGAACCAUUUGACCUGGCGUGUUGUGCGCUAGUCACUGUCACCAUCUGUCCCUAUGUAUCUCCCUGUAUUUGGGGCCCAUUCCCUCUAUGUCAAGAGUAAAUGGAGCCACAAAGACUGAUGAGAAAGGCUCAUAACAUGAAGGUAAGACUCAGGGAGACAGAGACCUUGGGGAAUUACCUCUGAGGGAGUCCCAGACACAGGCAGAGAUGGCCACAGAGGUUGUAGCAGAGGUUGAGAGACUGAGGGGUGACAGGCUUAGGGGAAAACUCAGAGAGCAGAGAUGCACGUUCCCAGUGAAAUGAUUGCACAGGCUUCCAGCAGGCUGGCGGGAACAGAAAAGGCAUGGGCCUGAAUUCAGGCUACAGAGCCGACUCGUCCCUUCAGCUACUCUUGGGACCUCCUCAUCUGUAAACCAGGAACAGGACCCACCUUGUAUAGAGACCGACCCAAAGCCUGGCCCUGCACACCGGCUCUGACUCGCAGCAAUCAUCAACAUCUCUCUUUGCCCCCUACUUGCUCAGUCUCUGUCACAAGAACUGGAUCUCUAUCCCCUUGAUGCUCUGAGCAUCUUCACCCAUUUGGUCGUGAGACGUGUCUGUCCAUGUCUGUCUAAAAGGGGAGGAGAUGAGGGAGAAAAGAGGGAAUCUACUGAGAGCCUGUGUGUGCUGCCCAGUCUACCAAAUAAUUUAUAUACAUCUCCAUCCUCACACAACCAUCCCUGUUUUACAGAGGAGGAAGUGGCUUAGAGAAUGUAACUGAUUAACCAAAGUCACACUGCCAGGAACUGGAAGCACUGGGAUUUGACAACACAUCCAAAUAUGUCAGCAAUUUCAAUAAACAUGACUGAACUCAACAAACCAAGUGUAAA